AUGACCGAGCACGAGGAGGAGUCCAACCACUCUUCAUCAGCUCUCUACCCUCUGAAGAGACACUGGACGUGGUGGUAUUUGAACGAUGAGCGUACGAAAUCGUGGGAGGAUCGUCUGAAGAAGGUGUACACCUUCUCGACGGUUCCAGAAUUCUGGGCUCUCUACGACGCCAUCCGACCGCCAAGUGGUCUCAACCCAAUGUGCGACUACAACGUCUUCCGCGACGAUAUCCAGCCAAUGUGGGAAGUUCCGGAGAACGCGAACGGUGGACGCUGGCUCAUCGCUGUUGAUAAAUCGAAACAGGACAUGGUCGAUGCGAUCUGGCUGGAGAUUCUGAUGGCGUUGGUUGGCGAGCAGUUUGGAAAGGAUAUGGAGUCGAUUUGCGGACUGGUAUGCAAUGUGAGAGGGAAGGGAUCGAAGAUCAGUGUCUGGACCAAGGAUUGCAAUGAUGAUGAGACCAAUUUGAGAAUUGGAGUGGUCCUCAAGGAGAAGCUGAUGGCAGCAUCGAAGGAUCUCACAAAGCCACUCUUCGACGUCAUCCGCUACGAAGAUCACGACAGUUGCCAGAAGAAGACAAGCUCACUCGUCAAGGCGAAACUCUCACUUCACUCGGCCGAGAAUCCGGAGAAGCCAGUGGGAUCGUUGUGA